AAUAUUUAGAGGGAGGCGAUGAGAAGUAAACUCUAGGAAUGGCGUUAUUAACUGGGAAGUACCGGAACCAUAAGACCAUCGAUCAUUCGCCGGUCUCUCAGCUUACAGAGAAACGCCAAAGACCGCGGACUUGUUUUGCGUGUAGGGCCAGUGUCAGUGCGGGCAAUGCGGUCCAGAGGGGCUCCGUGCAAAGCAGCUCCGAUGUGCUUCUGCCACGUCACUCCGACAGCAGCAAACAGAAGUCACAACGCAAAUACAAACUGGAAAAGAUGACAGAUUUGGAACGGUGUGGUACGGGGUCCAGGAAGGUGACCUCAUGCCAAUAUUGCGCCGACGCUAGUGAGCGGGACCCCACAUCAUCCUCGUCUUUGAGUUCCCGUCUACACUCUAGAACAUCAGAACCCUUGGAAGCCAAGGUUCCCGGCUUGCCUGUUCUUCAGUCGAGAAUGACAUCGAAGCUACUUGUUGGAAGCCUACAUGUGACCAGCACGGAACAGGGCGUUCUUCUCUCCAAUGCAGAACUCCGGAAGUGGAUAGUACAGUUUGGUGGAGAUGAACAAGCAGCAUUCAUGGCCAGAGGGCUUCAGAAACUGCAGUUAGGGUACGAGCGUGGCAAAGCAGAAAUGAGAGAACAGGCCAACAAUGGGGUCAACCUGCCCAUGGAACAUUAGGCUCAUCUUUUUGUUCCAGGCUGACCUCGGAGAAUGGAAAUGGCUACUAUAGCUCAAUACAGUAGCUAUACUAUAUGGACAAAAGUAUUGGGACACCUGAACAUUACACCUACAGGGACUUUGAUGACAUCACAUUCUAAAUACAUAGACAUUAAUAUGGAGUUGGUCCCCCUUUCCAGCUAUAACGGCUUCCACCAUUCUGGGAAGGAUUUCCACAAGAUUUUGGAGAGUUUCUGUGGGGGGGGGUUGCCCUUUUAUACAAUAGAGGAUUUGUGAGGAAAGGUCUGUCCAUGGUAUGCAGACAAGAUGUACAAAAUGAGGCAAAUGAAUAAAGAAAAUAAAAAAAACAA